AUGUUUCGAAAACCUACAAAAAAGGGUGCAUUUCGCAAAAGAACUGAAAGUGAUGAGAAGGAUGAAUCUGGAAAUGCAGUCGAGGUUCCCACUGGCACUUCCCGUAAAGAAGCAGUUUCAUCAAAAGUCAGCGAAGAAGAUGCCGUAGACUCGCCGGUACCGAAACCACCAGCUCUUCUUAGUUUUGACAACGAUGAAGGUGGCGAUUCAGCAUUGCUAGCCCAGUAUAUAACUUGAGCCGAUGUUGACUUUGUACUAAAGAAGAAUAAGAAGAAGGUAAAAGAGCUGAAGAAAUUAGCAAAACUUGAAGAAGAAGCAGAACUUGAGCGUCAGCGAGAAGAAGAAGAACGGAGAGAGAAUGAACGGAAAGAGAAAGAAAAGAGGAAAAGAGAUAAAGAGAAGCAUAAGAGCAAGGAUACAAGAGAUUCGAGAAACCGAUACUUGGACAAAUAUCGCGAUUGCUCAAGCAAAGUUAAGCCGCCUCCUCCCGAUAGCGACGAUGAAGUUGAUGAAGCCCAUUCCAAGUUCCCGGGAACUAUGUCUGCAAUACCUGACUCUCGAGCAGUGUAUGAGGCGAAAAAACGACGUGAACGUUUAAGAAGAGAGGGAGCAGAAGGGAUGAUCCCCUUAGACGACGAUCAGAAGCUGGCUGAAAAAGGAGUCAGAUCCCGCUUGAUAAGAGAGGAUGAGAACGAUGAUUCCGACGAAGAAGCACCUAAGUUCUACUCGUCAAAAGAUUUGCUCCGAGUCGAAGAAGAACGUCGACGAGAAGAACAAGAUCAUUUCUUGGAGCAGGAGCAAGGUGACGAAAGAGAUGUAGACGAGGAGGCAGAUGAAUGGGAGAAGCAGCAAAUUCUUAAAGCUGUUGGACGACACACGGUAUUUCUCAUAAUCUUAUUUCGGUGA